AUGAGACAAAGGCCAACUCCAUGCACAGAUGUAAAUUCUUAUUGCAUCAUCUUAGACACCAAGUAUUGUUCACUGCCUGCGGGCUUCUUUUGCAAAAAGAAGGUGGCAAAGAGGCCAGGAUACAUGAGAACCGAGGCACUGCAGCAGAUUGAAUUUCAGCUUCCUUCUGACUGUGAACCAUUCAGCCCAGAGGGACUUGAGUGUCGUGGCAGAACAAACUACAGAGAUUUUAAGAACUGCUCUCAGAAGAGACAAUGCAAAACUGAGCUGGGAUUGUUCCAUUGCAGCUCAUACAUGAACAGUACUCAAGCUGGUCUGGAUGUGGCACCUGGAUUACGUACCGCUGGAAAUGCAGCAGAAAGUCUCACAUACCAGGCCAAUCUCAGAGAGCAGCAACCAGAAAAUUUAAUCCUGCCUGUUUGUCCUCUCGUUGCUGUCUGUAAAGGCGAUCCUUCUCAGGAGGAGGAAAGAAUGCAUACUUUGAGUCAGAAGGAGGUGAACAUCCAGGAAUAUUCAGCCAAAGAAAGUGCAUUGAGCUCUUCCAGUUCUCAAGAUUGCUUUCAUUCAAGUUUUAGCUUCAUACAGCUCUCACUAAAUUCAUCUUCAGAAGGAAAUGACGUUGCAGUCCCAUCAGAAUGUACUCGGCCUAAGGAAGUUCUACAAAUGUGUGGCUUAGGAAAAGCAGAAAAUGUUAAUUUUCCUGUGCCUGGAGAGGUACAAAGAACUUCAGAGAAAAAAUUGUGGGCUUCAUCCAACUACAUGUGUGGUGAAGACUGCUGGUGCCCCAGGGAUUCUGCAGAGCAUGAUAAAUGGCAGGAUUCUGAGACACACUCAUUUUUGCAUGCAGAUGCUCCAUUUUCCCAUUCCACCGAUUCUUUGGAUGCAGCAUCUGCUGCGUCUUCUGUGACUUCAGGCUAUGAAAGUAGUAAUACUAUUACUGAUCACAGCUGGGAUUCUUUGUCAAAGAAAUAUGAAUCAGUGCUACAGGACUGCUUACUGGGCAACCGAAGUAUAAUCAAGAUAAAAUCCUUAACAAGAAAACUUCAAAGGCUUCAAGAGAAGGCAGUAGCUGAUGAUGACUAUGAGAGAGCUGACAAAUUUAGAAGAAAACUUGAAGAGCUAGAGAAAGAGAAAAGUUCAUUAACAUUUCAGCUUCCUUCACGACAUCCAUCAAUCAGCUGCUUUUUGGACAGAUUCAGAGUGCAAGUUCAGGUUACAUUGUAUGGAGAUGUUUAUAGAGGAAGCAGGCAGCAGAAAAGUGAAGAGAAGAUUUUAAGCCUUCCUUGCCAAGAAAAGAUAAAAGUUUCAGCCACAAAACGAGAACAGCUGGUUAAAGAAAAAGAGUGGAUACAGAAAGAAAUUGAAGUUCUUAGAGCAAGGCUAGCUCUUCUUGAAGCGAAGGAUCGACAACUGCAGAUAGAAAUACAAGAGCAAGAGCAGCUCAUUCAGGCAGAGGAUUGUGAGUUGUCGUCUUUGCUCAGCUGGGUGUCCCAUCAAGAACUGCAAGCAAUAGGCAAAGCUUUGGCUGAUGCUUCAGAUGCAUCACAUAAAAUUCCACACAGUUUGGACUUUCCAGAAUCCAUAAAAAGGCUUCAAGAAAAAGAACAGUCACUCAGUAUGGCUAUUAAAGAUACUGCUGGCAAAAUCUGUACCAGUCAAAAGCUAUGCAGCAUUUUAAGGAGGAAAGUGAGUGAUAUCGAGACUCAGCUACCAGCUCUUCUUGAAGCCAAAAUGCUUGCUGUAUCAGGAGGUAAUUUCUGCAUUGCGAAAGACCUUGCAGAAGAAAUUAAAUCGUUAAUGGCUGAAAGAGACCGGCUGGAGAAACUUCUCAGUGAAUGGUCCUUGCUGAGUUCUCAAAAUGCCCAGAACCUAGAGAGAAUGAAAGAAAGUCACAAGAGACUGAAGGAAGACAUGGAGCAAGGACAAGCUGCCUUUGAGAACAAGUUGAAGAAAAAUACUCUCAAAUAUAUGGAAGUGCUGGAAGAAAAACUGCAAAGCAGUGGGAGCCAGCUUCUUGAAAGAGUGUGGGAAGUUGACUUAGAGGCCUGUCAGCUGUUGAUCCAGGGGCUUCAGCUGAAAGAAGGUGGUUGUGUUUCUGAUGAAGAGAGCCAAACAGAUGAAGUGGGGGAUACUGCUGAUUCCUCUCUGAGCAGCGAACAGGAACAAUCAAAACAUGUUCCCAUUAAAGGCGGCAAACGGACUGCUCUCCAGUGCCCCAUUAUCCAAAGCAAACACCAAAGUACACACUGGGAACCGAAAGAGGAAUUCCAUAUACUCUCCACAGAACUCAAAGAGAAGUGUGAAACAAUAAGAGAGAAGCUGAUGCACCUGGAAGAUCAACUCCACAUAGCAAUUUGCAGCAGUGAUGAAAGCCUGGUUCAUAUCCUUUUUAUAUUCUGUGUUUGAUGCUCCAGCUAA